GGAGACCAGAUAUAGUGAAUGCAGGGUCCGGGGGGACCAGAUAUAGUGAAUGCAGGGUCUGGGGAGACCAGAUAUAGUGAAUGCAGGGUCCGGGGAGACCAGAUAUAGUGAAUGCAGGGUCCGGGGAGACCGGAUAUAGUGAAUGCAGGGUCCAGGGAGACCAGAUAUAGUGAAUGCAGGGUUCUGGGGAGACCAGAUAUAGUGAAUGCAGUGUCCGAGGAGAGCAGAUAUAGUGAAUGCAGGGUCCUGGGUUUAGUAACACUUUAAUCUGAAUAUAUUCCUCAAUAUAGUGAAUGCGGGGUCUGGGGAGACUAGAUAUAGUGAAUGCGGGUCUGGGGAGACUAGAUAUAGUGA